CCUUUUUUAACCACAAACAGAAUUUGCUUUUAUUUAGGCUAUAUAUAUUUUUUAAACAGGUUAAAGUCAUAGAGAUUUUUUUGAAAUAGCAUUUCGCACUGGAGAGGUGCGCAAUGCUUUCGCACGCCGACCUCCUGGAUGCUCGCCUCGGUGAGUUAUCGUCGCCAAACUCCGGUCUUCAACUCUACUGGAUGAAGGAUGCCGCGGCAGAGCUGCUGGGUCACAGGGAGGCUCUGAAGUGCAGGCUAGGUGGUGGAGUUGGACCUGACCCCGGCCACUCCGGCGAGCUAGCCCCGGGGCCAGACACCGUGGAGGGGACCACCAUGCUCCCUGGAGACGAUAUCAACAAUGGUGGAUCCAACCCUUCCGGCGUGCAGGCCAACAGUAAAGAGCAACAGGACAAGCAGCAGCAGAAUAACUCCAGCCAAUCCGGAGGAAGUCAGAGUCAGAAACAGAAGCGACACCGGACCCGAUUCACUCCAGCCCAACUUAACGAACUGGAGCGCAGCUUCGCCAAAACGCACUACCCAGAUAUCUUCAUGAGGGAGGAACUGGCCCUACGGAUCGGCCUAACGGAAUCUCGCGUUCAGGUAACGGAAUCUCGCGUGCAGGUUUGGUUCCAGAACCGACGCGCCAAGUGGAAGAAGCGCAAGAAGACCACCAACGUUUUCCGCGCUCCGGGAACGCUGCUGCCCACCCACCACGGCCUGCACAGUCAGUUCAACUCUGCUGCUGCCGCCGCCGCGGCCAUGGGCGACAGCCUGUGCUCCUUCCACGCCAACGACACCCGCUGGGCCACGGCAGGGAUGCCAGGCGUCUCUCAGCUGCAGCUCCCUCCAGCCCUGGGUCGCCAGCACCAGCAUGCCAUGGCGCAGUCCCUGUCCCAGUGCAGCCUGUCCGGCCCGCCGCCCAACUCCAUGGGGCUAUCCAACAUGUCGUCGAACGGAUCCGGACUCCAGUCUCACCUCUACCAGAACCCGUUCCCCGGGAUGGUCCCGGCCUCCCUGUCCGGUCCCACCAACGUGACGAGCUCUCCCCAGCUGUGUAGCUCCCCGGAAAAUGACGUCUGGAGAGGGACGAGCAUCGCCUCCCUGCGGCGAAAAGCGCUGGAGCACACAGUAUCCAUGAGUUUUACUUAGUAGUAGGCCAACCACCACCAAGCCAAGCACCACGUUUUAAGCGUUUUUCUUUUUACUUUGUCAUCUAUCAUUUUUUGUUUUGUUGUUGAACACAUCCAGCCCAAUACAGUUGGACAAGGAUGAGAAUGUCUCCAAGCAAAAAAAGCAAGGCAGCUGCAAAACAACAGCCACAGAUUUGUUGACACACUAAUACUAAAACCAAACGAUUUGAAGGUGGAUAAAUGGGUAAAUGUUUAGCUUAUUCAUUUAUGAUGUGCAUGUAUUGAUUUAUAACUUUUAUAACUUGAUUUAUUUUACAUGUAGGCUAUGUAUAUUUAUUUAUUUGUUUAUCAUUUUAUUUAUUAAAAAAUAUAUAUUUACCACCUCGUUUUCAUUUUCUUUGUCUAUAACAAAAUAGUGCUGAUAUUUGCUACUGGAGUUUCUAACAGUUUCCACCGGCCGAUGGUCGAGGGUGUAAAAACGCUCAAAAAAGAAUAAAACUCGUUUUUAAUGUCACCUGCUGCACAGCAUGUAACCAUGAUUGGCCACGGGCAUGCGCAGUGCACGUGCAGAUCUCACACACCUGGGAGUUUUUUUUGUUUGAAAAGCAUACAAAGAUUCAUACAACGGAAGAGGAAGACAAGCGAUAAUCUCAAAGGAAUCACACAACAUGGAAACGAACUUGACUGCAUGUGCUGGCCAAGGUAAAUUUACGGAAACAGGCCUACUAUAAUUAAGACAAGAAAAAUCGACUUGAAUAUAAUCUGUUAUAUAGGAUGUUUUGUGUAGAGGAAGCAUCCUUGACUUGUUCCCAUUUGGUCAGUUUGUGAUAUGUUCUAAAUUAUUGUCUGUGCUUAUUAUCAUAUCAGAAUUUCUUAAAUGUUUGAUCUGAUACUGAACAAACCAUUUCGUUUCAUGGCCAUGUUUUUAUCAAUUGACUGUAAAUGAACAAAUUAAAAUCAUUUUCAAUAUGUCA